AUGCUGGUGUCAACUGCCAGCACUUCGAGGGCUUUGAGAAGAGCCUCCCUCCAACUGCAGAGAACUCCGCUACUUUCGCGCAUUCGGCAAGCACCGCCCGCAUUAUCGAGGCGCUACUCUGCCGAAACAGCUCCAAAUGACGUCGGCAGCACAACGAAAAGAAGCUCUCUUGCAGUUCCGUCGACGGCGCGAUUCAAUGAGAUCGGUGUCCAACAGUUGAGCAGUCAUGUCCAUUCACAAAUAUUUCGUCGACCCCCGAACCCCCCGGACCCAGAACUAGUGGCCCUUUCAAAGGACCAUCUAUCGCGCCAUGAACUCCUUGGAAAAGCGCAAGAUGGUUCUCCUCCUAUCGCGUUUGACUUGCCUCGCCUGGAAGGCGAGUCUCUUGACGAGCAUUUUCACAGGCUAGGCAUGGACGCAUCUGCGCCGUAUCUGGAUUUCGCAAAGGAGUAUAUGUCUAUUCAUCUUCCAGCUGCACCGCGGAAAUGGAAUCGGAGGAGCGGAUGGACGAAAUACAACGCCGACGGCACCAUAGAAGCCGUUCAAGCGCCCGAUGAAACCAUGUUGACGUUUGACACGGAGGUUAUGUGGAAAGAUAACCCUUUCGCUGUUAUGGCUUGUGCGGCAAGUCCUACGGCGUGGUACGCUUGGCUCUCUCCGUGGCUCCUUGGGGAAUCAGAGGAUUGUCAGCAUCUAGUUCCUUUGGGCGACCCUUCCCAGUCUCGAGUUAUUAUUGGGCACAAUAUUGGCUUUGACCGGGCUAGGGUACUUGAAGAAUAUGAUCUGAAACAAUCGCGCAACUUCUUUCUUGACACAAUGUCCCUACAUGUGGCGGUUAAUGGAAUGUGCUCGCAGCAAAGACCAACUUGGAUGCGACAUAAGAAGAAUCGCGACCUAAGAGAUAAAAUAGCUCGGCAAGCGGACUCUCUUGAACUUGCCCAGCUCCUGGAAAAUAAGGCUUUGAGUGAAGAAGAGGAGGAAUUAUGGGUGGGAAGAAGCUCGAUUAAUUCGCUACGAGACGUGGCCAAAUUUCAUUGUAAUAUCACUAUCGACAAAGCCCAGAGAGACUACUUCGGUGAACUUGAUAGAGAGGGCAUUCGUGCGCGGCUAGACGAACUCCUUGAUUAUUGUGCCGCGGACGUCUCAAUCACCCAUCGUGUGUAUCGCAAAGUCUUUCCAAAUUUCCUCGAGACCUGCCCACACCCAGUAAGCUUCGGGGCUUUACGACAUCUUUCCACGGUCAUCUUGCCAGUUAACGAGACCUGGGCGCAAUAUCUUAAGAGUGCUGAAGAAACGUAUAAUACCCGGUUAAACGAUGUCCAAAAAAGAUUAGAGGAGCUAUGUCAAGUUGCUGUCGAAGCGAAAGAUAAACCUGAGGUAUACAACAAUGACCCCUGGCUGCGCCAACUCGAUUGGUCUGGUCAAGAAAUCAAAAUGGUGAAAGGAAAGAAGAAGGGCGAUCCUCCUCGUCCUGCUGCACGACAAAAACUGCCUGGGAUGCCGAAAUGGUAUAAAGAUCUUUUCCCCAAAGCUAAUGCCCCUAUGAAUCUAUCUGUGCGCACCCGGAUUGCGCCGCUACUGCUGAAGCUUGCCUGGGACGGAUAUCCGCUAGUGUGGUCCGAUAAGUAUGGAUGGACGUUUCAAGUUCCCAAAACUGAGGUCCAUAAAUACGAGCACCAACCUGUUGUACAAUGUGAUAUGAUGGAAGAAAAGAGUGAAGCCCUAAAGUCCGAUACGCAACAUGUCUACUACAAGUUGCCACACAAAGAUGGGCCAGAUGCGCGUUGUGCAAGCCCUGUCGCGAAGGGUUACUUGCAAUAUUUCGAAGGUGGGAAGCUGUCGUCCCAAUUCGCGUUAGCCAAAGAAGCAUUGGAAAUGAAUGCGUCUUGUUCCUACUGGAUAAGCGCUAGGGAUCGAAUCGCUAGGCAAAUCGUUGUUUAUGAUAAAGACGUGCGUCGGCUAUCGGGAGACGAAAUUCCGCAAAACCGGUCAUCGCAUCUCGGAUUCAUAUUGCCUCAAAUCAUCCCGAUGGGAACAAUCACCCGCAGAGCUGUCGAGAAUACCUGGCUAACUGCUAGCAAUGCGAAGGCCAACCGUGUGGGCUCUGAGCUCAAGGCCAUGGUCAAAGCUCCUCCAGGCUAUGCUUUCGUUGGUGCCGACGUAGACUCCGAAGAGCUUUGGAUCGCUAGUCUUGUUGGUGACGCACAGUUCCAAAUCCAUGGGGGCAAUGCGAUUGGUUUUAUGACUUUAGAGGGCACCAAAGCCGCUGGGACUGACCUGCACUCUAAGACCGCGAAAAUCUUAGGUAUCUCUCGAAACAACGCCAAAGUGUUUAACUACGGCCGAAUAUAUGGCGCUGGGCUCAAGUUUGCUGCCACUCUGCUGCGACAAUUCAACCCUUCAAUAUCCGAGGAGGAAACCAAAUUGAUCGCAUCUAAUCUUUACAGGGAGACAAAAGGUACGCGGACGAUGCGCAAAAUGAUAAGUGAAUCGCCAUUCUGGAGAGGCGGCACCGAGUCCUUCGUAUUUAAUAAACUAGAGGAGUUUGCGGACCAGGAGAGGCCUCGAACCCCGGUCCUAGGCGCCGGAAUCACUGAGGCUCUUAUGCGGCGGUUCAUUAACAAAGGCAGUUUUAUGACUUCACGCAUUAAUUGGGCGAUUCAGUCAUCUGGCGUCGAUUACCUUCACUUGCUCAUUGUGUCCAUGGACUUUUUGAUUCGCCGUUUUAAUAUUGACGCGCGCCUGGCGAUCAGUGUUCACGAUGAAAUCAGAUAUCUUGUUAAAGAGGAGGAUAAAUAUAGAGCCGCCAUGGCGUUACAGGUUGCGAAUGUCUGGACUCGGGCUAUGUUCUCCCAGCAAAUGGGCAUCGAUGAUCUACCUCAGUCCUGCGCGUAUUUCUCGGCCGUCGAUAUUGAUCAUGUAUUGAGGAAAGAAGUCGAUAUGGAUUGCGUUACCCCCUCGCAUCCACAAAAGAUCCCACCAGGUGAAAGCGUCGAUAUCGAACAGUUACUCCUAAAAGGUGAAAGGGCUUUCCUAGAUCCCGCUAUCAAACCGGUUAUUCCGCCAGCCCCAGAGAAAUACACAUACAUACCACGACAAACAGUCAUGUCCUCACUCGAAAGCUCCCAGAACACGGCCUACAUUAAAGCGCAGAUUGUUAGCGACGACAAAGAACUCCGGGGAAUCAUCAGGGAACUAUACAAAACUAAGGCUGCCACGCCCGGAUCUAAAGCGGCUACAACAUCGGGUCGAAAACGGGGGGCUUCGAAGGAACCCUCGUACGCUGAAUCCCAACGCGUUGUCCUUAUGGAAGUAGGACCUAAGCUUCUCGAAAGCUUCAAUGGACCGGCAAAUUUGACCAAACCGCCGCAAUUCUCAAGCAAUCGCUACGGGUGGAAACCAAAAGUAUCGCCUUCUCCAUAA